CUAUUGCGCAUGCCUUAAUACAACGCCAUCUUGGAAGCUCACUGCGGUAGGGAGGAGUAAUUUAAUGUAGCGGAGAAGUUAAUGUAAACAUUGUUGUUUCAUGUAUACUAUUCAGAAAGUUUAUAGAACACUAAGGUGCUUCAAAAUUGUACCUAACCAAAAUAGUUGCGUUGCAUCACAUAUUUAUAGCAGUUAUCAUUCUUGUUAGUUCAUUGGCAUGUCCUAGUCAUUGACGUUUUGUUAUGAGUCUUACGACAAUUCUGCGAAUUAAACCUGUUAAUUAAACAACUUAGACUUUUCUGUUUUAACUAGUCACGACUUUGUUGACUAGUUUAAUCAUUUAAGACAUGUAGCUAAAAGUUUACAAGUUAUUCAUGACUGAAGUCUUUAGUAAGAAUAGCAAGUUUAGUAACAUCAGAAACAUUUUAGUCAGUAGCAUAAGACUUGAGUUUAAUAGUGGCUAUCAUGCCAUCGUUACCUAGGCCUGGUAGCCUCAAAGAUCCUGAAAUAGCAGAGUUAUUUGAUAAAGAAGAUCCUGAAAAAAUAUUUAUUGAUCUACGGGAGAUUGGCCAUGGAAGUUUUGGUGCAGUUUACUAUGCUAGAAAUGCAGUCACAAAAGAAGUGGUUGCUAUUAAAAAGAUGUCUUUUACUGGCAAACAGUCAGCAGAAAAAUGGCAAGACAUAAUAAAGGAAGUGAAGUUUCUACGUCAGCUGAAGCAUAGAAAUACUAUUGAUUAUAAAGGUUGUUAUUUGAAAGAACACACAGCAUGGCUGAUAAUGGAAUAUUGUUUAGGGUCUGCUUCAGACAUUAUAGAAGUACACAAAAAGCCUCUGAAGGAAGAAGAAAUAGCGGCCAUUUGUCAAGAUGCUCUUCAAGGAUUGGAAUAUUUACAUUCUCUAGGUAGAAUUCACAGAGAUGUGAAAGCUGGUAAUAUUUUGCUCACAGAAAAUGGGACAGUCAAAUUAGCUGAUUUUGGCUCGGCAUCAAUGGCUUCCCCUGCCAAUUCUUUUGUUGGAACUCCAUACUGGAUGGCACCAGAGGUUAUUUUGGCUAUGGAUGAGGGGCAGUAUGAUGGCAAAGUGGACAUUUGGUCACUUGGUAUCACCUGUAUUGAAUUGGCUGAGCGAAAGCCUCCUUAUUUUAAUAUGAAUGCAAUGAGUGCCUUGUAUCAUAUAGCCCAGAAUGAUUCACCAUCUUUAGGUCCUGGUGAUUGGUCAGAUUCUUUUCAUCAUUUUGUAGAAACAUGUUUACAAAAACAUCCUACUGAUAGACCAACUGCUGCCAAGUUGUUACAGCAUCCUUUCAUAGUUAAUCCUAGACCAUCUAGGGUAAUAAUGGACCUUAUACAUCGUACAAAAGCUGCUGUUAGAGAAUUGGACAAUUUAAAUUAUCGCAAAAUGAAGAAAAUUUUGAUGGUGGAUUCGCAAGAAAACGAAGUGAGUACUGGAGAACCAGAAGAAGACAGUACUGAAGAUGAUCAGAUUGGAGGUGAUAGUAGUAAAAGCAAUAGUAUUACCAGUACUCACAGCCAACAAAGUGAAAAUGUAAGUGCUGGCAGUCAAAGCAGCAGUACAAGUAGUCUUCCACCUACCUCUGAGACAGAUUCAACCUAUAAUUACCCAGCUUCAUUUAGGGAGCGGGGAGGAAUCCGUCUUAGUCCAUCGAAUUCCUCUUCUACAAGUCUAAAUAGUGCUGAUGUAGGUGCAAAUAACUUUGCUACAAUACGAACCACAUCCAUUGUGACCAGGCAAAUUAAAGAGCAUGAACAAGAAAAUCACAUGCACGAGCAAAUGUCUGGUUAUAAACGUAUGAGGAGACAGCACCAGAAAGCUCUUAUACAACUUGAAGCUAAAUGUAAACAGGAAAUGGAAGAACAUAAACAAAAAUUAGAUAAGGAAUAUGAAAAUCUACUUCAACAAUUUAGUAAAGAAUUAGAAAAAUUACAAGUAAAACACCAGCAAGAAUUAGAAAGGAAGCUUAAACAAAAUUUGGCUAGUGAAAAACGCUUAAGCAAAAGUAUAUCUCAGCAACAUGAAGAUGAAAUUAAACGUUUCCAAGCACAGCAAAAAACAGAGUACAAGUAUUUAAAAGAUCGCUUGAAGCGGGAAAUCAGUAGCGAUGCUUCUUCUCGGCAAAGAGAUGAUGCAAUGCGUAACCACAAGGAAGAAGUUCUUCAACGCCAAACAGCAUCUUUGCAACGCCUUCAAAGAGAACAAGGUGAUUCUCAUCGUUUAGAAAUUCGUAAAUUCCGCAGGCGGAAGUUACUUCAGUAUCACCAGAUGGAACAAAAUUUGUUGCGUGAUGAAUUAAAUAAAAGACAGUCCCAGUUGGAACAAGCCCAUUCGAUGUUACUUCAUCAUCAUGAUAUGACUCAAGAACUGGAGUAUCGCCAGCAGAGAGCUGUUCAUCAGCUAAGGGAAGAGCAUAUUAGAAAGCAACACCAGACUGAAUUAGCAAAUCAGCAAGAAUAUAAUGCUAGAAGAGAAAGAGAGCUUCGAAAAAAGCAUGCCUUAGAAGUAAAACAACAACCUAAAAGUUUGAAGCAAAAGGAAUUGAUGAUCCGAAAGCAGUUCCGAGAAACCUGUAAGAUUCAAACAAGACAGUACAAAGCAUGGAAAAAUCAAAUUUUAGCUUCCACGCCCAAAGAAGAACAAAAAUUAGUAAUUAAAAAAUUGAAGGAAGAACAGAUGCGAAAACUAGCAAUUUUAGGAGAACAAUAUGAACAGAGCAUUGCUGACAUGCUUCAAAAACAAUCGAUUCGAUUGGAUGAAUCCCAAGAGCUCGAAUACCGUCAAUUAAAGGACCAGUUACAGCAAGAAUUAGAAUUACUCACUGCCUUCCAGAGUAAGAUAAAAAUGCAAGGAGAAGCUCAGCGCAAUAGAGAGCGUCGUGAACUAGAAGAUAGAGUAUCAACACGACGUGUACUUUUGGAACAAAAGAUGGAACUAGAAAAGCAACAAUUUCAAGAAGAGCGGGCUGAGAGACAGAGGUUGCUUUUGGAAAGACAAGUACGAGAAAUAGAAGCUUUCGAUGAGGAGAGUGCUCGACUGGGUUUUGAUGCUCUGGCCAUUGCUGAGGCUUCUCAGGAACCUCUGCCAGCCGAUGACCUCAGCAUCAGCGGUAGCAUGUUGAGUCUGGCACACAGCAACAGUGCUAGUUCGUUUACUCAUACUGCACUCUAGUAUUUGCUAAUGCUUCUAUGAAAUUGUAUCACAAAGUAUCUAUCACUGCUCUGGUAAGAAGGCAUUCUCUGACACUUCGAGCUCUGAAAGUGAAGCUUUAUUAAAGGAGCAGUGCAACACAUGGUGAGAAAACCGGACCUGGCAGUCUUCAGUGGGUUGUCUAGUAUGCCAGCGCAGUGUUCGCUUCCAUCAAAAAUGUUUUGUUGAGCGAGUUUCGAUGGCAGAAGUGCAGUUUAUUUCAUUCAAAUGGAUUUUGACCCACGCGAAAUUCAUAUCUGCGGAAGGAAUGUUGAUUGUAUAUAUGUGAUUUGUAUGCCAUGUCUUUGAAUGUCAACUCUCGUUUGCCUUGCGAAAAAAUAUUUGCAUUGUGUAGUUAACAUAAGAAUCUCAUGUAGAGAGCCAAAUGAAGUUUUUAAAUACUUCAUUUGUAAUAUUUUUUCAAAUCUCUAAUUUUGAAGUUUUUGUAUUCAUUGCAUUUUUCAAGUCCCAUUUAUUUAAAUAAAUGAAAAAAAUAAAAGAUAAGGAAAAUAUACUCCAUCUAGUCUUUAUGGCCUUCUGCUAGAAACCAUAGAAAGUUGUCAGUGUUCUGUGUUGAGGAAAAUCAAUUAGUUCUUUAUACUGUUUCUACCAUGUGUUGUGAACUUUGUGUGAUCCUGGUAUUGAGAUAAGGCUCAGAGCCUUGAAUUUUUAGACUUGUAUGCACACAACAGAAGUGCUAUUGAAAUUUAUUUUAAAAAUUGGAAGGUCUUCUGUUACAAUCCUGAAUAGACCAAAUAGUUUGUCCCAUGAAAUCGAAAUAAAUUAAAGGGGAUUAUAAAUAACACCAUUUUGCAAUACUGUGAAUGAAAAGUUCUCUUUGACAGUAUUUUUAUUAUAAAUUAUUCAAAUCUCUUAGCGAAAUAACGGGGAAAUUAAAAAAAAGAGGCCCAAACGGAUAUUAAACUUCGGGUUUCAUUCACUCGCUCAUUAGAGAUCACUUUUUCUAUAGCAUUUCCCAUGCUUCACUUUUGUGUGCAGUCUGAAGGAUAGAAAUCAUCGUAAGAGCUGUUGUAAAUUUAUUUGAUGUGCUCACCUUUAAACAAAUAAUUAACUUCCAUCUGUAUAUAGCACUGUAUAAAAAUGUCACUGUGAAUUGUUUAAUAAAACUGUAGAUUAUA